AUGGACAAGGACAGGCUUCAAGAUGAGCUGCACAUUUUUAGAGACAGGAACUACCUCCGGCAGAAGCUGAGAUCCUCCCGCCCAGUCUACGUGCUGCUGGCGCUUUCUUACCUGCUGAUCCUCAUCCUGUUUGCGGUGUCGCUCUCCAGAGUUUCAAUGCUCUCUUCACAACUUAAUGAAAUGCGCAAUGAAGUGAAACGGAAUAAUUCCAGCAACGAUUUCAAACUGUUCCCGUGCGGACCUGAGGCCCGGGAAUGGGAAUACUUCAGUGGGAAAUGUUACUACUUCUCCUUGCGUGAGACAUCUUGGCAGAGGGCGAAGGUGCUGUGCGAGGAGGAGCAUUCACGCCUGGCCAUCAUUAACAGCCACACCAAGCAGAAUUUUAUCAUGUACAGGACACGCAACCAGCGCUUCUGGAUCGGCCUCUCAGACCAGAACUCAGAAGGGGAGUGGAAAUGGAUCGACGGGAGCGACUCCACAACUGGUUUUACGUACUGGAAGGAGGGGGAGCCCAACGACAGCGACCAGAAUGAGGACUGUGCACACGUCUGGACCUACGGGGAGUGGAAUGACGUGCAUUGCACAUACGAGUGCUACUACAUCUGUGAAAAGCCUGCACCUCCGUGA